UUAUUUCAAAAUUUGACCUAUUCCAUCUGUAAAAGUGUCGCCUUGGUUUGAUCACUAACCCGAGCGAUCUUUGCUUAUCAUAUGAGAGAGAGAGAGAUUGUAAGAAAGCUGAAUCUUGAGCGUCGACCAAUUGAUAUUGGGUGUAUAGGAGGAUCAAGGAAACUGUUAUUGGAUUCGACAUAUUCUUGGGCAUCGACCAAUUGUUUGUGAGACAGGAAGAAGAAUUAAGAUGAAGUUCUGCAAGAAGUACCAGGAGUACAUGCAGGAACAGCACUUGAAGAAACUUCCUGGAGUUGGAUUUAAGAAGCUCAAGAAGAUUCUGAACAAAUGUCGGAGAGGUGUUGAUCAAUCUCGUAAUGAUGAGAUUGUCCUCUUCCACAAUGAAUUGACCACCUCUUCUUGCCCUCAUCAAUGCCCAGUGUGUGAUGGCACCUUUUUCCCCUCCCUCCUGAAGGAAAUGUCUGAUGUAGUCUGUUGCUUCAAUGAGCGAGCACAGAAAUUGAUGGAAGUACAUUUAGCUACUGGCUUUCGUAAGUACUUCAUUUGGUGCAAAGACAAGUCACAUGGUAAUCAUAUUACCCUAGUCCAAGAAGGAAAAGCACUGGUUACAUACGCCAUGAUUAAUGCCAUGGCCAUUAGAAAAAUAUUAAAGAAGUACGAUAAGAUCCAUUUUUCUAAUCAAGGCCAAGCAUUUAAGUCUCAUGUCCAGAGCUUGCAUAUUGAGAUCCUUCAAUCUCCAUGGCUAUGUGAACUUAUUGCCUUUCACAUUAACUUAAGGGCGGGAAAGGCCAAGGCAAAUAAGUUUCCUUCCUUAUUUGAAGGUUGUUCCCUUGUUUUCAAUGACCAAAAACCAUCGUUAUCCUGCCAGCUGUUGGAUUCCAUCAAGCUCGAUAUUGACUUGACUUGUUCUAUAUGUUUGGAUACUGUGUUUGAUCCUGUGGCUCUCAGCUGUGGUCAUAUCUUCUGCUAUAUGUGUUCUUGCAAGGCUGCUUCAGUUACCAUUGUUGAUGGACUGAAGGCUGCGGACCAUAAGGAAAAAUGCCCUCUUUGCAGAGAAGCUGGUGUUUAUGAAGGAUCAGUGCAUUUGGACGAGCUUAAUAUUCUGUUGAGUGUAAGUUGCCCGGACUAUUGGAAGGAAAGGCUUCAUACAGAAAAGGCGGAGAGACUGCAGCAGGCCAAGGAGUAUUGGGAACUCCAGUGCAGCGCCUUCAUGGGUGUCUGAGAUAGAAUCUGUGGAUUUUUGAGACAAUUUUCAAGCUUUAUUGUUUAUCUCUAUGAUAUGCUUUUGUCCAUAAACAUAUGUACGUUUGCAACCGUUUGGUCCGAGUGAGAUUUUUUUAUCAAUAAGGGAUCCAUCUUGUUCAAUGUGUCUGUGAAGUGGAAAAGAAAAGAAAUAAUUAUUGUUGUUAUUAGAGAAAUUGUAAUAAGAUAACUGAUUUUGACAUUUAUUGUCUGCCUGCUUAGUGAAUAGCAAUGGAAGUGAUUUUGACAUUGGUUUGUUU